AUCAUAAGAGGCAGCCGUUCACUCCUAGCUGGAAGAACAAGGAGAGACGUUUUUUUUUUCAGUCUGAAGACAAUGAAUGUAUAAAGAAAACUGACGGAGGGGGAAAAAAGUGAAAAUGUCCUUCUCAGCUGCAACGGUGCCUCCCGUGCUGACAACAGACCCGCUCACUGUAACUGUGGCUGCAGUGUCCUGCGUAGCCUUCUGUGUAGUGAUCCUAAUGCUGGUGGUGGUCCUCUAUAGAAAGGAUCCUCUGUGCUGCAAAAGCAGGUCUUACCAGGGAUCUCAACACUGUAUAGAUGCUCCUCCCCAGUACCACAGCAGACACUCUUUGAUUGGCUUUGCCCAUAACGAGAAUGCUGCUGCUGUUAACCAGGGAGCUCUCGGACCACAGCUGACUGGAGGGCUGUUCAUCAUCGGCAAGCCGAACAACUACCACUUGGAUGGGCCUCUGCCUCGGCUGCCUUCCUACGAGAGCGUUCGCAAGAAGGACCGGCAGAGGCAGAUCCACACUAUGAUUGCCCAGCGCUUUGGUCUCGGCAGCUGCCACACUGAGCCUCCACCAACAUAUGAGGAGACCAUUCGCCAGUCCGCUGACCUUUCACCUGUGGAUUUGUGGAAUCUGGACAUUCAGCUGUCAAUCAACGCCCAGAAUCACUCCUCACACCUCCAUCAGGAAGCAUCCAGUCCCACUCGACCAUCCACAGAGCAGCAGGGGCCAGCUUCUUCCUCUUGCGUAGCGCAGAGCUCCGCACGUGGGCUGCUUUCUGUGUAAUUGAUGGUCCAACAGUCUGUUGCCAAGCCACAGACGAGGGGGACGAGAGCUGGUGUUGUUAAGAGCCAAGCUGAUGACGCCAUCAGAGGCAAAAAAAAAAAAAAAAGAGUUUCAGGAAUCUGCUGUGAGGCAGAGACACCGAUAGAUUUCUGUGAUUCUGCUUUGAGGCAUUUCAUGAUAAUGACUCUGACUCAAGGUGCAAAAUUCCAGAUGGUCACAAUGACCAGGGCAAAUCUUAGCCUUGAAUGGAUUCAGUCAGCAGAUUUUACAUUGUGGUGUUCCAGGAAUCAUGGACUUUUAUUGGAGAGGUCAUAGUCAAGCUUUAACUGAUGUGAGUUUUUCAAGGCUGGUACUGAUAUUUUGUAUUGACGCUCUAGAUAAUGCAAAUUUCAAUAUCAAAAUCUUUUAAUUUGACAAUUUUUUACCCCAAAUGCCAAAUGUUCAUUGUUUUACCAAAUCUGAAUUCUUGUGAGGGAAAAGCCUCUGAAGCAGCAUUAAGACCAUCAUGGGGGGCUAAAAGUCAAUGAACUCCAGACUAAAGAAAUUCUUUUAGGGCUUGCAGUUCUCAAAGAAAAGGUGGCCAAUCACAUUGAUUAAAUGGUAGGGAAACUGCAGGAUACAUUACUACAUUUAGAUGAAGAAUGAAUUUACAAUAUCAUCUAUCAUAUCAUGUAUUGAAGUCGAAUGACCUUGGAUAGACAUUAAAAACUCAACAUUGGCCCAGUAUGCCGAUGAGCCGCUCAUGUUGGUAUACUUUUAUGGAGAAAGAUGCUGACAUUCACUCUGGAGUUCAAUAACAGACUAACAUUUUAUCAUUAGCAAGAAACACUGCUUGGCAUUGCUUAAACUGUAACUGAGUUUCGUCUGAGCACAUCACCACCUGACCAUUAGUCUGAGUUCGACACAGAGGGAAAUAAUGACAACAAAGGAUUACUCUUUAACCCAGGCCAAACAGUAACUACAGAGAAGAGGAACACACUUUAAACCAAGUAUCGAGUAUCCAUGCUGAACUAAACUGGAAUGUGUCUAGAAAAAUUUUUAGUGUCUUUUUAUGUUUUUGAUGAUGCGCUGUAUACUGCACUGAUACUGACCUUGACUGACAACAAAGUAUGUGAAUUUAAGACAACAGCCAGUAGCUACUUUGUAACUUCACGACUAAUUUGUUCUUCAUGAAGAUAAGGAACAUGUAUAGAGACACCCUAUCCUGGUACACUAAUAUACACCAGCCUUUCUGUUUGCUUGUGCAUCAAAAUGAUUAUACCCUUCGUUUGGAAAAUUUUCACCAAUUAUCCCUGGUACAGUUCCUUAACCCGAUUAUCUAACCUGGCAUUGAAGAGAGUAGUGACCUAAACUCUAUAUCGCCAUUUCAGCUGGGAUCUGCUCCUUCAGCCAAGCGAUUUUACCCUCCAUCAUCUCUCUCAAGAAUAAGAGCACCACGUCUGCACAUAAAACGCCUUAACUCCUCACACUGAUCAUUUGUCAUGCUUCGUGACAGUGUUCUGACUCCCAUACAAAUUGUACCAGGCGUCAGCCACACUCCCUUGCAUACCACAAGCCUCUGAAAUACCAUGGCUCUUGUUUACCUCCUCGGAUUCCUGUUGAAAGCUUUUCUCUGGGAAAGGCUUGCUGACAAAAUACCUUGCUGAUAAGCCUCCCUGGCAUAAGGCAGAGGAGUCUUUUAUGUUGUAUGAAGAACACGAUAACCUGAGCAUGAAACACUGCUAAUCAUCAAGAAUUUCCUGGCAAUGUUUCCAAUGUUUUCUGAUUGAGCAGUCAAACAUUUUAGAAAGGGCCUGUCAUUCAAAUGUGUUUCUCCACUAAAUAAAUCUUAUGACCAAUUUGGGAAGUACUUACUACUAAAAACACACACCCUGUGAAUUAUAAUGUCUGACAGUGAAUGAAUAUAAACUUGAGGUCACCACAUCCC